GAGCUGUGCGUCUCAAAGGAUGAGCGCUUCGGCGAGAUGACGGAAGCUCGAGACACCCGAGGCAACAAUGACAGAGCCAAAAAUAGAAGCACCGUCCAUCCACGACGGCAUACAUCCAACACUUCUACCUCCAAUCAGCUUCCUUUCUACCGUACAAUAGCCGACGCCGCCGACGACAACCAUGCCACUACCGAGUCUUGACAAGCUCCGAUCGAGCGCUACGGGAGCCGUGGAGAUGGCGUCCGGCCAUCUCGAAAAGGCAAAAUUCAAAUUGAUGCGGACUUCCGAGGAAGAAGCACAGAUCGAGGAAGAAUCUCAGACGUCCGAGACCAGCAGUCGAUUGGAGGAAUUCACCGAUAGCUUUUGUCCCAAACUGACGUUUCAACAGCGAUUAAUUGGCUUUGGAGUCAGUUUUGGUAUUGGAUAUUUGAUCACAUGCAUGUCCUUCAAAUUCUUUAUCGAGCUCGUGGAAGGACAUCCCGUCCCGUUUGCACUCAAUUACUCCUUUGGAAAUUUACUGAGUUUGCUCAGUAUGACAUUUCUAUGUGGACCCAAACGACAAUUCAAAAACAUGUUUGAUGAAAAAAGAAAAUUCACUUCCAUUACCUACUUGUCCUGUCUGGUAGCUACCGUGGGUUGUAUCUUUAUACCCAUGCCAGGAUUUGCCAAGCUACUGCUACUGGUAUGCUUGAUUUUGGCACAAUUCUGUGCAUGCAUGUGGUAUUCGUUGAGUUACAUACCCUUUGGACGGCGGUGGGCGCUGCGGUGCUUGAAACGACAAUUGGGGUUGGAUGAGAUUGACUUUUCGCUGGGGUCUGCGACGAGCAACAGUGACGGAUAAAUUAAUAAUAAGCAAUUUUAGAGGCAGAGUCAUCAUUCGAUUCGAUCAUUGCAGGUGUCGACGGUACUCUACUUGCAGAAGAAGCAACCAGACCUUGCAGCACCAAGUCGACGUAAAUAGAUUUUUGACCUCUGCAUGUGGCUACUUGGACUUCUCUGCCGUAAGGGAUCCGACAUCCGACAAUACUCCGUACAAGCAAUAACACUUGGUGAUUCACUGACUGCAAUUGCUACACGUAGCUAGCACUAGCACUUCAUUGAAUGUUCAAAGCCUCCUUCAUCCAUCCGUGAUUACCGGAUUUAGAGCCAAAAUGAUGUAGUAGAGGUCACUGCAUACCGGUACCUGGU